AAAUGAAGGUCAUUAUACACACUUUUAUGAAAACAAAUUUAGUGGAGCCGAAUUAUUUAAACAGAUCAAAGUAAAUAGAAAGGUGAAAAGCCUAAAACGGGAGUAACAAAGAUAAUCAAAGAUGAUCCUAAUAUGAUUACCAUUUCUUGUCUUACUAUGAACUUAAUGAUAAGUAACUGUAAAGCAGCUUUCAACUGACUUUUCGUAACAAACAUUACUAACCACAAUUCUGAACGAAGCUAAAUGGAAUCCAACUUUUUGGGUUAAUCCAGUUCACUUUAACUGCUCAGUAUUUUUCAAAUUUGUGGUGGAGUGAUAUUCAUCCAACUUAUUACAGAUAAACAGAAAAUCGAUGCAAUGGAUGUACUUCCUAGUGAAGAAAUAACAUGAAGUCUAACUUAUUCAAAGAUGUUGCAUAACCAUAUUCAAAACUCACAUAGCAAACCUCAAUUACCUUGGUUACCGAUACCUAACUUUUUGACUGAUGGAGCAGAAUUCUCCAUUUACCUUCAGGAAACAGAAUAUUUACUCGUACAAAUGACAAAACAAAAGGUACUCGUACAAUUGAUUUGUGGGGAUAUUUUAUUUACUGGAAUUCAUGGAGCAUAAGCUUGUUAGCACAAUGGAUCUGAUGCACAUUGAAGAUAUUGAAAUUUGUACCUACAGCAAUGAACUUUUUCAGGCUAGAAAUACCAACUUGUUACGACUCCAGAUUUCAACAGAAGGCAUAAUUAUGUCGGGAAAGAGCAAUUUUCAUGAACUGUACUGCAAAGAUACGCUAGAUAAUACAAGCAUUGUUUUUCUAUUGGUCAACGAUGAUAUUACUGUACUAGAAUCUUGGAAAGACGCCCUUCUUCAUCUAAUUUUCACUCACUAUGCAACACGUAUUGAUUUAGCACCACUGGAACUUCUCUGGAAACAGUGGACACAUCUAGUGCUUAUGUAUUCAAGUACGUUAUCUGGAAUGGAAGAUGGAGAAUCACUUCAUGAUGAAAACAUUACAGUUUCAAGCUGUUGUCUUCGAGCAGCACUUGGUAUGGAAGAAAGUUCAGUGGUGAUCAAUAAAGUUCAGAAACUUAAUAGUUUUCCCGAUGAAGAAAUUAAACUAGAAAACUUCACUUUUGAUUGUUUCUUCAACUUAUUCCUUCAAUCAUGGCCACGAGAAGAUAUUACAGACCUAUUCUACUCUCAUACAAAUUCAAAAGGAUACAUGAACUGUCAAGAGUUGAAUUCAUUUUUACACACGAGUAUCUCAUACUUUACAAAUCCAAGCUUUCCUACACAUAGUUCAAGAAAUUUUAAAACUCCUGAAAAGCAUAAAACAUUAAGACACAUAAAAUACCUUCACUUGGAACGUACACAACAUAAUGUCAUGAAUAUGUCACCAUCAAAAAUAAGUUCAAUUCAGAAAACGAAGUCACAAAAAUUACAACUCGAAUCAAACCUGAAACGUUCACAAAGUUGCUAUACAGCUGGAGAAACUACUGUGGAUCAAACCCAAGAGCGUAUCAAAAAUAUAGAAGAUGAGGUAUUCGCUGUAAAUUCUAGGAAUGAGUUUUCAUCCUUAACAUCAAGCCCAAUGCACCAAAACAAAAUAGAUUUCGAAGGAAAUAAAGGUAAUUACCUCCCGAUAAGUAUUACUGUCAAAGAAUUUAUGGAAAUUGUUCAACGUCAUGAAACCAAUCAGUACGCAGCUAAUAAAUGUUUGCUAACGAAUGAAGGAUUUUACCGGCUACUGCUAUCCUCUACCUAUAGAGAAUUGUGUGUCCGUCCCAAUGUGCCUUCUUACACACUUGACCAAUCAACAAUCACAUCCCAACAGCAGUAGAAUCUUGUAAAAUAAGUUUAGAUGCAUUACAGCAUCCACUAGCUCACUAUUAUAUCAAAGUGCUUAUCUGGUUAAUGAAAACCACAAUCAAUCUGGCAACACUGAUCACGUGACAGAAACCAGAGAAGUCACGUACUUCAACACAAAGUUUCAAGGAGAAAAGGACUCAUCAACAGCUCACAAUCUUACAUCCAGAAAUAUUCUGAGAACAGUUCGACAAGCUUUGUUCUGUGGAAUUAGGGCUUUAAUACUGGAUUGUCAUCAUUUAUCCCGACUUGUUGGUACUGAAGCAAAUAUAUUGAAUGAACUGAUUGUAGUACCUACAAAUAAGACCAAAAUACCAACUUGCUUUACAGAAACAACCUCACAGACUCAUUCAAUUUGAUGAAAUCUAUUCUACACAAAAACUAUCCAUACGCAUUGGUAAAG